AUGUACACGGGAACGUUCACAGCGUUGGUUCUGGUGGGCUUCCUUGCGCUCGCCACCGCAGAUAGCUAUCACCCUGACGAGCCAGGGUCAGUGCGAGGUACGGUACGAAGUGACGAGCUCUCUGCAUCCUUUUGGCAGGCUCAGGCGCAGGCGACCGUAAAGCGUCGCGCUGGAACCAAGACAGGUCCCGCCGCGCGUAAUGUCAUCUUAUUCCUGGGCGACGGCAUGUCCGUGCCUACGCUUGCUGCCGCGCGGACGCUACUGGGGCAACGUCGCGGGUAUACUGGAGAGGAAGCAGAGCUCUCCUUCGAAUCCUUCCCGACUUCUGGUUUGAGUAAGACGUACUGUGUAAAUGCUCAAGUCGCAGACUCCGCGUGCUCGGCGACGGCAUACUUAUGCGGUGUGAAAGCAAACCAAGGAACCCUGGGCGUGUCGGCUUCUGUACCGCGUUCGGAUUGCGGUGCGUCUCUAGAGCCUACUGCCCGACUACAGUCUAUCGCCGCGUGGGCGUUGGCGGAUGGCCGCGAUGCAGGCCUCGUAACCACCACUCGGGUGACGCAUGCGUCGCCAGCCGCUACCUUCGCACGAGCCGCCAACCGCAACUGGGAAAAUGAUGCCAGUGUGCGUGCUGACGGGGCCGACCCGCAGCAAUGUCCCGAUAUUGCAACGCAACUUAUCACUGAAAAUCCUGGUCGCCAGUUUAAGGUAAUACUAGGAGGAGGACGACGCGAAUUUUUACCAAGGCAUGUUGUGGAUGAAGAGGGAUCGAAUGGAACUAGGACCGACGGACGCAACUUAAUAGACGAAUGGCGGUCUGACAAGAUUGAACGUAAUGUUACACAUAGCUACGUUUGGAAUCGAGAGCAACUGUUAAGCGCCAAUGCAACAAUGCCGGAAUAUCUGAUAGGUUUAUUCGAGAGCAGCCACUUGCGCUACAACAUGCUCACCAAUCCGACUACCGAGCCUUCUCUGGCUGAACUGACCGAAGUUGCUAUACGAAUGCUACAGAGAAACGAUAAGGGUUUCUUUCUGUUUGUCGAAGGUGGACGCAUAGACUACGCCCAUCACAGCAACUACGCGGAACUGGCACUGGAUGAGACGAUCGAACUCAGUGCAGCGGUGUCGCGUGCGGCUGAGUUAUUGGAUGAAAGAGACUCGUUGCUCGUGGUAACGGCGGACCACGCUCACGUCAUGUCCUACAAUGGUUACGCAGCACGUGGAAGCAACAUACUGGGCACGGCAAGAGCCGCUGACCGAGACGGCGUGCCGUACAUGACACUCUCCUAUACCAAUGGACCUGGAUUUCGAGCUCACGUUGAAGGAAAACGUGUAGACAUCACAACGGAGGGAAAAUACGGUGAGGAAUAUAUUUGA